AUGGGCAGCAGUGUUUCUAUUAUCGUAUCACUUUGUGCAAGCAUAUCAUGUUCGUACGAAACACACUUGACUAUUCUGAGUCUUUGUUGGACUAGUGAAACUCGUUGUGCUGUACUUAGCAGUCUACUUUCUGGUUCUAGAAUUGCUGCGACUACUUUAAGUGUUGCUUUGCAUAUUUUGUCUCUUGUAUUUGUACGUAAUUAUCUCAAGAAAACACGGAAUCAGCGUUUGCGAGCAGUUAAAAUUGACAAAUUACAAUUAAAUAUCACUUUAAUGGCCGCAUAUUCAUGCUUUGCAAUGGCUGCAUUUUAUGUGUUAUCAUUUGUGUGGAUUUUGUUGAAAAAUAUUACUGGUAUGAGUACACCAAAAAUUUUAGCUACAAUUGAUAUAAUAGUAUUAUUAAAUUCUAUUCCAAAAGCCUACAUCGUACAUCAUUGUUCGCGGGAAAUUCGAAAAGGUGUAUACGAUCUAAUAUCACGAAUUUUCAGCCGAUCUCAAGAUUCUGUGUUCAAAGUACCAGAAGAAUUAGCUUCUGAUGGUAGCUUGAAAAUCAUCAUCAUAUGA